AUCUCAUGCCUGCGUCUCCGCGGAUGCAUUGAAUUGCGAAUACCGAAAUGCAUUGGGUCACGACGUACAUGUCAUCUUCAAUGGCACAAAUAUACAAAUACUUUGUACACACAAAAAAUCUGCCGUCCUCGUCGUCACGGUUCCGCCGCCUCUUGGGAUGCAAGGUCAGUGGGUGGCAGGUGCGGCCCGCUCUGUCCAAGAGAGCAUUGAAGAAAGCGCGGGUCCUAUUCUUUUGGGAUAUGUUUUUCACUGGGGCCUUUUCGGUGUAUUGACGGUUCAAGUUUAUAUGUAUUAUCUGGCUUUCACAAAGGAAAAGGCCUCCUUGCGCUGUCUCGUAUACGGCCUUUUCACGAUCGAGGCUAUCCAGACGGCUUUGAUUACGUAUGAGCUCUUCAGAGCAUUCGCGACUAAUUACGGAAAUAUUGCUGCGUUCUCCAAUCCUCAAGUGAGCUGGUUGGCGGUUCCUAUCUUCAGCGGGAUAGUAAGCGGCGCUGUCCAAAUAUAUUUCGCCCAUCGUAUUUCUAUUCUCUCCGGGUCCCGAAUCAUUGGAUUGAUCAUUGCGAUUCUUGCUGUCACUCAGGGCACUUCAUCCAUUGUAGCAGGUGCACAAGCGCGCACGGUUGGGGACGUUUCGCAUCUUCAAGAGAAGACCGACGUCGGUACCACCAUAUGGCUAGCCGGGAGCGCCCUCUGCGACGUUCUGAUCGCUGUUUCCAUGACUUACUUCCUCUCAAGGUUUGAUACCAAGUACAAAGAAACCCAGGCGGUCAUCAGUAAAUUUAUACGCUUAACCAUUGAAACUGGUACCAUGACGGCAACCGUCGCCGUUAUCGACCUCAUACUUUUCUUAGUCUUCCCGCGCAAGAACUUCCAUAUAACGCCUGCACUCGUUCUGGCUAAGCUUUACAGCAACACUCUCCUUGUCAUGCUCAAUAGUCGCAUGCAUGUUUCUAGAGCACGAGAGGACUCGACUAUUGCCCAACGAUCUCAGUGGCCGACAUUAAACUUUGUCCAGUCAACUCAAAGAACGAGCAUCCAAGUGGAGAACGAUCGGCGAGGGAUAGCUAGCAAUGAUGUCCAUAUGAGUGACCAUACCGACGCGAGUACUCUGUGUCCGUGGCCCCAAUCAUAAAAGGUUUGUCCUUGCGCCGUUCAGAGUACAGCACUAGGGAGCCUUCCACUUCUCCCUGCCGAUGUCGAGCUUGGACGGACUGAGGAUGCUUCCCCAAGGACAAAAAUAGCUCUUUAAUUAAUGGUAUAAUCACGGACGCCUUUAAUAUUGCUCGAUGCCUUCACGCCUGCAACGUAUAUAAGUACUGAAAGGAAUGGCAACGGAUCCUACAAUCCUGGUAUAUUCUGGUGUGCCAAAUAAAUCCGCGUCAUAGCGUGAAAAAAACACGGGA